UUAUCACAAAACUUCAAUAUUCUCAAAAGCCAUGAUUCUCACUACUGGAUAUUCCCAAAUCUCGCACAGACCCAAUCAGCCAUGGCGACUCGUCCACGCCUUGGCCGACCAUAUGUCCUCACUCCCUACGAUCGAGAAUUCGCCAGGCCAACAACGUCGAAAGGACAUCCAAUAAGAAAAACACCUCUGUCGAGUCAGAAACAGCAGACAAGAUGUUCUAUACAUGGAGUAUCUCCAUCACCUAAGGGAAGCCCGACAAGAUGUUCUUCUCCAGUGGUGUCUCCUCUACGCGAAGUAGACUCUAUAGGAAUUCCUACACCAUGCAAUUCUCCGUUGAGUGUAGUAGACUUGACAGAAUGUUCUACACCAAGCGCAUCUCCAUUGAGCCAAACAGACUCAACAAAAUAUCCUUCGCCUAGAGGAACAUCUACGCCAGUCUUUCAUCCGUACAACUCGCAUCCCUUCAGGCCACAAAUUCCGGUAGGGUAUCCUUCACGGGGAGAAUUUGAAGAAGUCCAAGCCAUAAUUGCGCCAUACUGGCACAUCUUCAACCUCGUACUUGAAUAUGAACCAAGACUUCGCGUUCACCUUGAUAUCAACCCCUCACCUGGACUGGCAAGCCUAUCGUCAUCUGCGAGAGUGAGUAUCCACCGAUACAUGGGAGAUUGAUACAAGCAUACGGUCCUGCUGUUCAUGAUCCUUGGAUCAGUCCAGACAUGCGAAGGGGGUCUAAUAAGUUUAAUCACUGCGACUUCAGCAUCCGCGUCUUCUUAUACGUGCUCGAGCCUCUUCUGAGCCGUGUCAACGCUAGGAUAACCU